UACGCCCGGAGGCAGCUGCGGGGUCUGGGGCUCAGACGGGGGCCAUUUUGCCGAAGGCAGUCUCCUGGAGUUGGGGACUUAAGCUGUUCUUUUUCCUCCUCUGCAGCUUGAGGCUUGGAGAAGAACAGGAACGCUGGGCUCCAUCGAGCCCUUCGGAGAUGAUGGUUUCCUACAGGCUCCGCCACUUGAUGACCCUUCAUGGCGGCUGCGCCCUUCGCGCUGCUCCCGCUGCCGCCCCUUCCAGCCCUCUGUGCCUAUCGCCUCCAGAGCCGCAGUCGUCCUCCCGCCCCAGAGACUGAUGAUAGACGAGGUGGGGGCGCCAUGAGAGGCGAGAAAAACUACUGCUGCCGUGGAGCUGCCGGAGACCACGGUUCCUGCCCCCCGACGCCUUCGCCUCUGGCCUCGACCCUCUUGAUGCCCGCGGAGGCAAUCUCAAGUAAUUGGUCUGGGUCUGGAGGUGGUUUGUCAGGGGGAGAUGAAGAGGAGACUCGGCUCCUUCAACAACUCCGGACCGCGCCGGAUCCUUCCGAGGCCUUUCAGGCUUUACAGGCUGCUUUGCCGCGCCGGGGCGGUAGACUUGGCUUCCCCCGACGAAAGGAAGCAUUGUAUCGGGCCGUGGGCCGAGUGCUUGUGGAAGGAGGUAGUGAUGAGAAGCGACUCUGCUUGCAACUCCUCUCGGACGUUCUCCGGGGUCAGGGGGAGGCAGACCAGUUGGAAGAGGCCUUUAGCCUAGCACUUCUGCCUCAGCUAGUUGUCUCCUUACGAGAAGAGAAUCCAGCUCUGCGGAAAGAUGCGCUGCAGAUCUUACACGUGUGUUUGAAACGUAGUUCUGGACAGGUGCUGAGAAUGCUUAUACAACAAGGACUGGAAAGUACCGAUGCCCGGCUUAGAGCUUCCACGGCACUACUGUUCCCUAUCUUGCUUACUCCUGAGGAUUUGUUGCUCCGCCUAGAUCUUACCGAGGUGAUAAUAUCCUUAGCCCGAAAGCUUGGCGGUCAGGAGAUAGAAGAAGAAUCUGAGACAGCCUUCUCUGCACUUCAACAAAUUGGGGAGCGUCUUGGCCAAGAGAGGUUUCAGUCAUAUAUCUCUCGCCUGCCUUCUGCCCUGAGGAGACACUACAAUCGCCGCCUGGAGUCCCAGUUUGGAAGUCAGGUUCCUUAUUAUUUGGAACUUGAAGCCUCUGGAUUUCCUGAAGAUCCCCUUCCCAGUGCAGUGCCUCUUUUCAACAGCAGUCUUAAAUUUGGGAUUAUUCCUCAGGAGCUGCAUUCAAGGUUGUUAGAUCAGGAAGACUAUAAGAACCGGACUCAGGCUAUUGAGGAGCUAAAACAGGUGAUGGGACGCUUUAACCCUAGUUCCACCUCUCAUUCUAGCCUAGUCGGUUUCAUUAGUUUGAUGUAUAAUUUGUUAGACGAUUCUAACUUCAAAGUGGUCUAUGGCACACUUCAAGUCCUGCAUUUACUGGUUGUUCGUCUUGGAGAGCAGGUACAACAGUUCUUGGGACCAGUUAUAGCAGCUUCUGUCAAAGUGCUGACAGACAACAAGUUGGUGAUCAAACAAGAAUACAUGAAAAUCUUCCUCAAGCUAAUGAAGGAAGUAGGUCCUCAACAGGUGCUUUGCUUACUCCUGGAACAUCUCAAACAUAAGCAUUCCAGAGUGAGAGAGGAAGUGGUGAACAUUUGCAUCUCCUCCCUCCUGACCUAUCCCAGUGAGGAUUUUGACUUAUCCAAACUGUCUUUUGAUCUUGCUCCAGCUCUUGUAGAUAGCAAACGCAGGGUACGCCAAGCAGCUCUUGAAGCCUUUGCUGUGUUGGCAUCAUCAAUGGGCUCAGGUAAAACCAGCAUCCUUUUCAAAGCUGUGGAUACUGUUGAGCUGCAAGAUAACGGAGAUGGAGUGAUGAAUGCUGUGCAGGCCAGAUUGGCUAGGAAAACCCUCCCAAAGUUAACAGAACAGGGAUUUGUGGAGUAUGCAGUACUCAUGCCAUCAUCUGCCCAGGGUAGAUCAAGCCAUUUGGCACAUGGAGCAGAUACAGACUGGCUUUUGGCGGGUAACAGAACUCAGAGUGCACACUGUCACUGUGGUGACCACACAAGUGAUAGCAUGCAAAUUUAUGGAUCUUAUAGUCCAACUAUCUGUACUCGAAGGGUACUAAGUGCAGGAAAAGGAAAAAAUAAAUUACCAUGGGAAAAUGAGCAGCCUGGAGUCACGGGAGAAAACCAGACCUCCAAUUCAAAGGAUAUAGAACAGCUGCCAUGUGUGUACUCUAGGAAGUUUUCAGCCAAUGAUUUCAUUCCAUCUCCAAAAUUAAAGCCCUCUCAAGGAAUGCCAGUCAAUGAUGGUUUAUGUUUUAGCAGAAAAAGAGUGUCAAGAAACUUAUUUCAGAAGAGUUGGGAAUUUAACUCAGAUUCUCUUCCUACAUGUGCUACUGGCACCACUGGAACUCAUCAGACAAAUCUUUCUGGGAAACGUGGACAACUUGGAUUUUCACAGAUAUGUGGUAAAACUGACAGUGUGGAUUCUGACUUACAGUACCUGGGGACAACUAACAGUCAUCAAGAUAAAGUUUAUGCUAGCCUAAAUUUUGGCAGUAAGACACAGCAAACAUUUGGUAGUCAGACAGAACGGACUUCAUCAUACUCUGGUCCAAAUCCAAGUUCAGGAGGCUUCAUUCUUCCAUCCUAUCCUCUCUCAUCACCUCGAACUAGUCCAAAGCACACAUCUCUUACUGUAUCUCCAAAGAAGUCCCAAGAUAAUUCUGUUAAUUUCUCAAAUUCCUGGCCUCUUAAAAGCUUUGAAGGAGUUUCAAAGCCAAGUCCACAGAAAAAGCUUGUCAGCCAAAAGUCAUCUGAUCCUACAGGUAUACAUGAUGGAGAAAAUUCUCAAGAGAAACCUUCUCCAGUUCAACUUACACCUGCUUUGGUGAGAUCACCAUCUUCCCGACAAGGCUUAAAUGGGACCAAGCCUGUACCUCCCAUACCACGGGGCAUCAGCCUUUUGCCUGAUAAAGCUGAUUUAAGUACAGUGGGACCCAAAAAGAAAGAGCCAGAUGACAUUUGGAAGAGUGAAAAAGAUAGUCUUACAAUUGAUCUUUCAGAAUUAAAUAUCAGGGAUAAAGAUUUGGAUCAAGAAGAGAUGCAGAGCUCUCUUAGGUCCCUUCGUAAUAGUGCAGCUAAGAAAAGAGCAAAACUGAGUGGCAGUACUUCUGAUCUUGAAAGCCCUGAUUCUGCAAUUAAGCUUGACUUGACUGUGGAUUCUGCAUCUCGAUCUUCCUCUCCAAACAUCAGCUCUUACAAUGAAAGUGGAGUUUACAGCCAAGAAUCUUUGACUUCUUCUCUGUCGACAACUCCCCAGGGGAAGAGAAUAAUGUCAGACAUAUUUCCAACAUUUGGAUCAAAACCUUGUCUAACAAAACUUUCUUCUGCAAAGAAUAAGAACUCUCAGGUAGCUGAACAAAGCCCCAGUGCAGGGAUUACAACAUCCAAUGUAAGCAUAAUUGGUCAACGUGUGAACUAUGGGUUUGGAUGUGGUGAUUUUGAAGAUGAUAGGCCACAUGACAUUUCACCUAGUGUUUUAAAAAUACAAAAUAAGGAACACCCAAGACAUUAUAAGCAUACAAAAGGAUUUACAGGGUCAUCAUCAAAUUUCCACCAAAUUUCCAGUUUCGACUUCAUGUCUACAAAUACCUUAUCAGAAGACUCAGUAGUAGUUGUUGGAAAAGGGGUAUUUGGAAGUCCAGUCCCAGCACCAGCAACCUGCAGCCAAUCAGUGAUAUCUUCUGUGGAAAAUGGGGAUACGUUUUCACUUAAAAGUACUGAACCACCAUCAGGGAUUUAUGGAAGAGCAGUCCAGCAGAGUAUUCCAUCAUGUGUUGAUGUUGAAAAUGAAAAAGAUAUUAAAGUUUCUAUUUCAAAAUCUACUUAUGACAAGAUGAGACAAAAGAGAAAAGAGGAAAAAGAACUUUUUGACAUUAAAGAUUGUGAGAAGAAUCCUUGGGAACGAAUGAAACAUACAGGAACUGAGAAAAUGGCAUCUGAAAAUGAAGCAUCUCCUGGAGCCAUUCCACAGUAUAAAGAAAGGAUGCCUUCUGUCACUCAUAGUCCAGAAAUAAUGGAUUCAUCAGAACUACGGCCAUUUUCCAAACCAGAAGUAGCACUGACAGAAGCUCUGAGGCUUUUAGCUGAUGAGGAUUGGGAGAAGAAAAUUGAGGGACUGAACUUUAUUAGAUGCUUAGCUGCUUUUCAUUCUGAAAUAUUGAACACAAAGUUGCAUGAAACAAAUUUUGCAGUACUUCAAGAGGUGAAAAAUUUACGCUCUGGAGUUUCUCGUGCUGCUGUGGUUUGUUUAAGUGACCUUUUCACUUACCUGAAAAAGAGCAUGGAUCAAGAACUAGAUAAUACAGUAAAAGUUUUGUUGCAUAAAUCAGGAGAAUCAAAUACAUUUAUAAGAGAAGAUGUUGACAAGGCAUUGAGAGCUAUGAUCACUAGUGUAACUCCUGCACGUGCAGUUGUUUCUCUUAUCAAUGGAGGACAAAGCCAUUUACACAUUGCGGUAAGAAGAUGUGCAGCCCAGCACUUAUCAGAUGUAGUAAAAUUUAUGGAACCAGAGCGUAUUCUAUCUGGAACAAAGGAUAUGGCUGACCGUAUAUUACCAGCUGCUGCUAAAUUUGCUCAGGACAGCUCACCAGAAACCAGGUAUUAUGGCCGAAAGAUGCUUUUCCUCAUGAUGUGUCAUCCUAACUUUGAUAAAAUGCUUGAAAAGUAUGUCCCAUCUAAAGAUUUGCCAUAUAUUAAGGAAUCUGUUAAAAGCUUAAGGCAAAAGGGUUUGGGAGAGAUACCACUAGAUACUCCUUCAGCAAAAGGAAGACGAUCUCAUACUGGCAGUGUUGGAAAUACAAGGUCAUCAUCUGUUUCUAGAGAUGCUUUCAAUUCAGCUGAAAGAGAGGUAACUGAAAUUCGUGAAAUCACCAGAAAAUCAGUUCCCCGCAAUUCCUUAGAAAGUGCUGAGUACAUUAAAGUCAUAACAGGUUUAUUAAAUGCAAAAGACUUUCGUGAUCGUAUUAAUGGGAUUAAGCAGCUUUUAUCAGAUACUGAAAACAAUCAAGAGCUUGUUGUUGGAAACAUUGUGAAGAUCUUUGAUGCUUUUAAAUCUCGACUUCAUGAUUCCAAUAGUAAAGUAAACCUGGUGGCUCUAGAAACAAUGCACAAAAUGAUUCCUUUGCUUAGAGACAACUUAUCUCCUAUAAUCAACAUGCUCAUCCCAGCAAUAGUAGAUAACAAUCUGAAUUCCAAGAAUCCAGGCAUCUAUGCUGCUGCCACAAAUGUUGUUCAGGCACUGAGUCAGCAUGUAGAUAAUUACUUACUUCUACAGCCAUUUUGCACAAAAGCCCAGUUUUUAAAUGGAAAGGCAAAACAGGAUAUGACCGAAAAGCUUGCUGAUAUUGUUACGGAACUUUAUCAAAGGAAGCCCCAUGCCACAGAACAGAAAGUGUUGGUUGUUUUAUGGCACCUCUUAGGGAACAUGACAAAUAGUGGCUCGCUGCCUGGAGCUGGAGGAAAUAUACGCACAGCCACAGCUAAAUUAUCAAAAGCACUUUUUACACAGAUGGGUCAGAAUCUGUUAAAUCAGGCUGCAUCUCAACCAUCACAUAUAAAAAAGAGUUUAGAAGAAUUGCUUGAUAUGACAAUUUGAAAUGAAUUACGAAUUUUUGAUGAAAUAUGAACAAAACUGUUUACAUGAUGACAAUGGAAGUUUUUUAAAGUUAGAUUUUCAGUGCCUGUACUUCUCAUCCCGUAAAUUAAGUCAAUAGCUAUUUUUAUUUGCAGCCUAUGAGUACACAUCUGUCCUAUAUCAACCCUAUCAUUUGCACCCAUCACACAAAAAUCUAAAAUAAUCUAAUCUAAUAUUCAUGAAAUCUGAGGCAUGUGGAAUGAAUCCAAUUUUAAUAUUUUUGAGAAAAGUCCUGCUCAUUUGCACUAUUUUGUAGAAACUGAAAUUUGUUGCCCUAUAUGUACAAUUAGACUUUUAAUUAAAAAUAUACUGUUUAUUAUGUAAUCAUGUUUUGCUAUGUCUCAUUACUCAGCCUUAUUUUAUGAAGUGGAAGAAAAGUCACUGAACUAUGUUAUCACAAAGUUUUGUGUGCUAUUUGUGAAAAACAUGUAUUUCUGAAAUCAGUCUGCUAAUAUGAUUGUGCAGUAUUAGCUUGCUUUUGCUGCUGUGUUAAUGUGAUAUAUUUGCUUACCAUUUGGGUUUAAUCAUCUAUAUAAUUGUGAAAUUUAACAAGUUAUAAUAAAGCAUGACGACCAAAGUUUUAGAAAACAUUUAAAUAUUUUAAAUGCACGUUUAAGAAAACGUGUUGAAUGUAAUUUCCCUAUUUUUGUGUGCAAACACUAAAUUUUAUUUCUAUAUGUCCUGACAUUUAUAAAGGUGUUAUUUUGCUGCCCAGUUGUGUAAUUCUCAAAUAUAGUGCCAGGUGUUCUAUAGCUUUUCUCAGAAUUCUUGGGCAACAAGUACUGUAUGCAUCUUAAAAACGAAAAGGAAUGUUAUAAAAUAAAAGGAUUUAUUUCUGUAGAUGUGUGAGAGGUGUCCUAUUUUUCCAACUCUGUAUUUGUUAAAAUGGGGAAAAUAUGUAUUCUGAUAUUGACCUAUCAUUUUCACUUGUUCUACUUGAUACAAUAUUGACCUAUCUCUAUUGACCUAACAAUAGACCUGGGUUAUAGUUCUAGCUUUACAGAAAAUUCACUCUGUGACCUUGGGCAAGUCACUUGCCAGAUUUAGGCCUCAAUUUUCUCAUCUCUAAAAUGUGAGGACUGGACUAGAUGAUUUUUAAGGUUCCAUUUUGCUCUAAAAUUCUGUGAUUCUAUGUUGUAGUUUACUCUAAGAUCACUUUAUUACCAUUGUGAACUACCUUCAUUCUUUUUCACUUCUGUGUCACUGACUAGUUUUCUAAUGUAUUGAUAUUUGGCUACUUUUUAAAUUGUGAUUCUUUGUAUUAUCUGCAAUUUCUGAGGAAAAAAGCAAAAAAAAAAAAGUUUGAAGCUAAUCUGAAAGGAGAGUAAAGAUGUGGCUACUUUUUCUGUCUAUAUACACUGUUUUAUAAUUAAAUACAUUCUUUUAAAAUUCCUUUUCUUCUAAAUGUAUUUUAUUAUGUUCCUAUAAUUUAGGUCCAAAAUUGGCAAACAUUUUCUGUAAAGGACCAGAAAAUCAAUAUUUUUGGCUUUGUAAGCCACAGAUUCUGGCAUAUUCUUUGUUUUUGUUUUUUUACAGCCCUUUAAAAAUGUAAAUAAAUUCUUGGCUCAGGCCUCUGGCAUAGUUUGCCAACACCUGGCUUAGAUGCUUUUGACUUCAGUUGUAACUCUGAAAUCAUUAUUAAAUUUUGCUUCAACCUUUGUGAUAUUCAUUAUUGAAACAAUAGUUACAGAUUCUAAAUUUUAUUAAUUUUUACCACUGCCCUUGUUUCAUUGCAAAUGUGCCUAGUAAAUUUGCAUUGAUUGAUUGUUGGAUAUAUUGAAAUAUAUAAAUUUCAAAGGCCAAAGAAGAGCACUACGUUAUUUAAAGCUUAAUCAUCCCUUAUUUUCAGUAGAUAUAGUUUGAAUUUUGCAUUGAAAAAAGUACAGUAAAUAUAUCGCUACUAGUAAUGUGGAAACUUUACUUCACACAAUCUGUGUGUUUUUAUUAUAAAGAAAAUAGCCAUAAUGUAACAGAGUCCCACGCCUAAAAGUUUUUUCUCUGUAUUAGUAACUUCUUGAUAUUGAGCACUCAGAAAUCUAGCAUUCUGUUGCCAAGAACUGUUAACCAACCCAGAAAUCAAAAAGAAUUGGCGACUGAUCACUGAUGGAAAGAACUAAAGAAAAGCUGAAGGCUUGAAUAAAUUGAAAUAAAGGAAUUUGUUUUUUUUUUUUACAA